CUCUGGUAGCACUUCAAACAAUUUGUAACAAACGAAGAACGUGUUAAGUUUGGAUAUUUUUUGAAUUUUUUAAAACAAUUUUAAUAUAUAUAUAUAUAUAAUUUGGAAUUAAUUGUUUAACCAGUCAAGUGAAGAAAAAUAAUCAGCUGAUUGAAUAACACCACCUUAUGUGAAUUCGCCUUGACUGUGUUUUAGUAGUAAAAUAAAAUGCAACUCUAGAUAAUGAAAUUAUUAUCAACCGCCAUUUUUAAAUGAAAAUUACCCCUGAAGUUGUUUAUUUUAUACUGUGUUGUAAUUUGCCUCUGCUAGUGAAAUAAAUUAAUAUAUUUUAAUAAAAAAGUGUUAAUUAUAUAUAAAUUAUUAAAGUAUUAAAUAAUGGCUGCUUUAGACAUCUUAAAUAAUACAGCCGAAUUGGAUUUAACACCUUCACGGAAGCGUAAAAGACAUUUUGAUAAAUGCGAAUUACAAGAACAACAAAAUGCAUUAAAAACUACAGCUGCCGCUACUUCCUGUUUUACAAAUGAAGCCUUUAGUUCAACACCUAAAAAAAUUUUGGGCAAACGGCGUCUGCAAUUAAAAACAAACAAAGAAAAUGCCUUAGUAUAUCCAAAUGUUGGUUUAGAAGUAAAAUCAAUAGCUGAAUUGGCUAGAAGGCCUGAGGAAGCUGAUAAUGUACCCCAAAAUCCUUAUGAGGUGCUGCGUAAACCACCAAAAAAGAAAAAACGCCAGGCUGAAGCCACAGCUUGUUUUGAAAAUCCUGCUUUGAAUUUGGAAUUACCAGAAAAACAAUUCAAUCCUUAUGAGGUGGUACGAGAAAUUACACCAAAUAAAGCCUCCAAUUGUUUUUCCAAUCCAGCUUUGAAUUUAAAAAUACAAGAUGCUUCGGCUAUACGCAAUCCUUUUGAGGUGCAUCGUGAGUUACCAGAUCAAGAUAUCAAAUCCCUAAACCCUUUCGAAAUACCUUCGGAAACUGGACACCAACAUGGUCUCUCAACUCCUAAGCCUUGUAAAUUAAAACUUGGUUUGCCUUUUGUGCCCACAGUGGGCUGUCGCAUCGAUUUUAAGGACAUUUCCAUCUCGCAACUAACACCCAGCAAAUUACUGGCUGAGAAAUUGGUAUUUUCUCCCGUACCAAAAGCAAAAGUUUCAUUAGGUUCCAUAGGAGAAGAAACUACCAUGGACAUAGGCAAAGAAUUAGAUCGCUAUCAACUGGAAUUGGAGAACAGUAUCAAUGAAGCAAAAUUACGUAAAAAUGGUGUAACGGAAGAAGAGUUAUUGCUUUCACCGCCAGAUACUAAUUAUCAAAUACAAAUAGUUGAUACAGAAAAAAGAUCCAAAUUUACCCAAAAACUAAGUGGUAUAUCGGAAGAUGGUGAAAAUGAGGAAAUAAUUGAAGAAGCCAAUACAAAAACUGAGCAUCAUAUUGAAGUUAAUGUUAUAGUACAAAAGGAAGAACAAAAGGUUACAGAAGUAAAAGAAACUAAUCCAUUUCUUUAUGACUUAAGUCAACAAUUUCAAAGAACUGAAACAGCUGAGGUAAUUGAAAUUGAAAAUCUUGAUGAUUUAUAUGGCUGUUCAGAGGAAGAUCAGGAGGAUGCUGAAGAUUCUUUUGAUUUUAAAACACCAGCACCAUUUGUAAGAGCUUACACUAAGCCAGCUGAGCCCAAACUAACGGUAAGUAGAGAAUCUUUGGAAACUAAUAAAUCUGAAAAAUCGGAUAAAUCUGGAGAUGCAGAUGAUAAUAACAAAAAGUCCAUGACUGUUAAAAAUAUCAUACGAAAAUCUAUAAGAAAACUUAUGCAUCCUAAUGGCCAGCAACAAAAAGAAACAGAAAAAGAUUUGGACGAAAAACCAGAACAUGAAAAACACGGAUUAAUGAAUGCUAUACGCCAUAGCUUACGUCGAAAACCCGCUAAGAAUGUACAGGAUGAAGAGCCUGUAACAAAGGAAUGUGAAAUUUCUAUAAUAGAUGGAACAGAAAGAACCAUGAAACUUAAAUCGGAGGCAUUAGAAACUGAAUAUUUAAAAAUAGAAGAUUUAACCAAUGAAAAGAAACAUAAUCUCAGAAACAGUAUAAGGAAAUCAACUCGAGAAGUACGCAAUCAUUUAAUGAAAUCUGUUUUUCAUAAAAAACAUGAGGAAUAUGAUUUUAAUAAGUAAUUAACACAGUUUUUUAAUAAUUGGUUACUUUUUUACUUACAUUAUUUAUUUACUGGUUCUACUUUUUAUUUUAUAAAUUAAG